AUGUAUGGAAAUCACAGAUUCACUCCAGAUUCCAGAGAAUUCGAUGCCGGCGCCAAAAGUAAGGACUUUUCCACUAGCAAUAAUCCCUAUCAGACUCCCCCCUCGGAGACUAACAGCACUUAUCCUCAGACAAACUCCAUCAAAAGGAAGACAAAUCUAGCACUUACCAUCUCAGCAUUUUUGUCUGAUAUCAGUCGGCCCCUCUCAAACGGCAAGAUCAACAACUCCCCCCAAAACAUCCUGAAAUUUUUGAAUGAAGUAUUUAAGAGAUCAAAAUGUAGCAAGGAAAAUGCUAUCUUGGCUACUUUCUACUUUCAAAGGAUUUACCGCUCUCGCGCGCAAAACGAGUCCUCAUUGCCCGAAUUUUCGCGCUGUUCCAAGAGGAUAUUCCUUUGCUGCCUUAUUUUAUCACAUAAGUUUUUGAACGACAACACCUACUCGAUGAAAAACUGGCAAAUCAUAAGCGGGCUGCACGCCAAGGACCUGUCUCUCAUGGAAAGGUGGUGUCUCGGCAAGCUCAACUACGAGCUCGCCAUUCCAUGCAGCGAUCUUCUGCUAUGGGAGACAAACACUUUGAUGAAGAGAGCAAGUAUGGCAAAGAGGCCCGGAGACGCUGAUCAUGAUUUUGAUGCUCAUCCUAGAAAACUGAUCAAAUCUUGUUAG